AUGUACAAGGACCAGACCUCACCUCAGCAGCAGCAGCAGGAGCCCUCUUCUGUUGCUAUUGCGAUGGGCGGACAUGGCGGCUAUCAGCAGCCCAUUCGCCAGUAUGGCGCUGGCAACCGCGGCUUCAACGAUGGCCAGGGCGGCUACGGUGGCGGCUUCAACCGCAACGGUGGCGGCGCCGGCUUCCGUGGUGGCUUCGGCGGCUUCGGCGGUGGCAUGCGAGGCCCGCAACGUGAGUACGGCGGCAACAACCACUACCACCGCGAGGAGAAGUCCGAGGAGGAGAUCUUCAAGGAGCACACGCCUGGUAUCAACUUUGACCAGUACGAGGCGAUUAAGGUGUCCAUCGCUCCGAACGACGUGGAACCAGCGGAGUCGUUUGCCACAAUGGGGCUCUCCCCGGCGCUGGCGGAGAACGUGAGCCGCUGCCGCUACCAGAAGCCCACCCCUGUGCAGAAGUACGGCAUUCCAUGUGUGCUGAAGGGCAGUGAUCUGAUGGCGUGCGCCCAGACUGGCUCCGGUAAGACUGCCGCCUACCUCAUCCCAGCCAUUAACUUCAUGUUGGUGAACAAUCUCAACCGUGCCAAGCCCACAAACAGCCAGUCCGCACCGUCUGCGCUGGUGCUGUCGCCGACGCGUGAGCUGUCCAUUCAGAUCUAUGAGGAGGGCCGCAAGUUCACUUACCGCACCGGGAUUCGCUGUGUUGUCGUCUACGGCGGCGCAGACCCACGCCAUCAGAUUCACGAGCUGACACGCGGCUGUGGUCUGCUGGUGGCGACGCCAGGCCGUCUGUCUGACAUGUUUACCCGCGGCUACACGCGCUACUCCGACGUCCGCUUCCUCGUCCUCGAUGAGGCGGAUCGCAUGCUUGAUAUGGGCUUUGAGCCGCAGAUCCGCGCCAUCGUCCAGGGCCCGGACAGCGAUAUGCCGCCGCCGGGUGAGCGCCAGACCCUGCUGUACUCGGCCACUUUCCCAAAGGAGAUUCAGCAGAUGGCCCGUGAGUUCCUAUACCGCCACUACUUCCUGCAGGUUGGUCGUGUGGGCUCGACUACUGAGAACAUUACCCAGGAUGUGCGCUGGGUCGAAGACAUGGACAAGCGUGGCUGCCUGUUGGAGGUGCUGAAGGAACACCAAGGUGAGCGUGUCCUCGUAUUCGUAGAGAAGAAGCGCGACGCCGACUAUCUGGAGCGCUACCUACGUCAGAGCCGCAUCCCCUGUUCCUCCAUCCACGGCGACCGCGUGCAGCGCGAGCGGGAGGAGGCCCUCGACAUCUUCAAGAGUGGUGUGUGCCGUGUGCUGGUGGCGACCGACGUCGCCUCGCGUGGUCUUGAUAUCCCCAAUGUCGCGGUGGUGGUGCAGUACGACCUGCCGAGCAACAUCGAUGACUACGUACACCGCAUCGGCCGUACGGGUCGUGCUGGCAAGCGCGGUACGGCAAUCUCCUUCUUCAACGAAAAGAACCGCAACGUUGUCGAUGACCUGAUCCCGCUCUUGCGCGAAACGAACCAAACAGUACUGCCCGAGGUGCAGGCGCUGGCCAAGAAGCCCAACGUGCAGAACCAGCCUCGCGGUCGCGGCCGCGGUGGCUUCCGCACUGGGGGCGGCUUUGGUGGUGGUUUCGGUGGGGGCUUCGGCGGUCGUGGCGGAUACCGCGGCGGCGGUGGCGGCUUUGGCGGCGGUUUUGGCGGGGGCUACAAUGGUGGCUACGCCAGCAACAACGGCGGCUACCGACCCCGCGGCGGCUACAGUGGCGGUGGUUACGGUGGAGGCUACGGCGGUGACCGCAACAUGCGGUCUGACGUCUUUGGUCAGUAG